GGGUCCAGUCCGAACUUGUUUACGGUCUUGGACCAUGGACAGGCCGGACGUGCUGCGGUGUUCCAGAUGGGCUUAAAGGCAGUCAUCAAAUAUCGCAUCGCGGCGGUAUUUGGACUAAAAUGAGUGCCUAUAUUUCACAAACGGAGCUAAAGUUCAAGUAGAGGUAGACGGGAUGGGGGAGCGAGUCGUCAGCAGCCCCGUGGCUGCAAUUUCUCCAGUGCAGCAAAUGCUGGCCUCUGGCACUGGAGCCCUCCUCACAUCUAUACUUGUCACGCCACUAGAUGUUGUGAAGAUCAGGCUUCAGGCUCAGCAGACCCCGUUCCAUCAAGCUUUAGCUGCUGAAUCUGCUCCAUGGGGUGGUGUCCUCCGCCCUUCCAGAUGGAAGUGUUUCUUGUAUUGUAAUGGCCUGAUGGAUCACAUCUACGUGUGUCAGAAUGGAAGCAGCUGCACCAGCUGGUACAAAACACCAACACAGUUCAGCGGGACUCUAGAUGCUUUUGUGAAAAUCACUCGCCAUGAAGGUCUCAGAUCUCUGUGGAGUGGGCUACCACCAACACUGGUUAUGGCGGUACCCGCUACUGUCAUCUACUUCACCUGCUACGACCAGCUAAGAGACUUCCUCAGAUACGGGCUGGGCUUCCAGGGCAGCCACAUCCCCCUUGUCGCAGGAGGUCUUUCUAGAUUGGGAGCGGUGACGGUCAUCAGUCCUCUGGAGCUGGUCAGGACUAAGAUGCAGUCACGUCGGCUGACAUACAGCGAGCUGCAAGUGUGUAUCCGCUCGGCUGUAGCUCAGGACGGUGUGUUGUCGCUGUGGAGGGGAUGGGGACCCACCGUCCUCAGAGAUGUUCCAUUCUCAGCUCUGUACUGGUUUAACUAUGAACUGGUUAAAGACCACCUCUGUCAACGGUAUCGAAUGCCUCAGGCCAAUUUCUCCAUGAGCUUUACUGCAGGAGCCAUCUCUGGAGCUAUUGCUGCCAUCCUGACGCUGCCUUUCGACGUAGUGAAGACACAUAGACAGAUCCAGCUCGGAGAGAUGGAUACUCUGGGAGUUCCUUUGAAGAGAACCACAUCCACGUGGCACAUAAUGAAGGAAAUACAGGCCAAGCUGGGCUACAGGGGACUAUUUGCAGGUUUCUUGCCCAGGGUGAUCAAAGUGGCUCCGGCCUGUGCCGUUAUGAUCAGCACCUACGAAUUUGGAAAGGCCUUUUUCCAGAAGAUGAACCUCGAUCAAAAGCGACUGGCGUCCUGAAGCCUGUGAUGUCAGUUGUUGGUGUUAUAGAAGAGGAUCACGUGCAGCAGCAAAUUUGGAAAAUACACAAGUCUCAUCAAACAGAAGACUGAUAGUAAUGGGAUCACCUGGAUUAGCUUUUGUAUGAGCACGAAACACAAGGAUUCACCCACAUUUCAGGGAUGCCUCUCUCACCAAGGCUGCUCAAAUGUGGACAAACUGUGACCAAACUAAGGACGCAUUUAGAUCCUUGAGCACAAACGCCCUUUGAAUGAACAGCUGUGAUACUGAGGAAUACUUAGGACCAUGAACUUCAAGUGUUAUUCCAGCAAACAUCUUAGUCGCAUCUUAUAAAAACAUUGAAGAAUGUUUAAUAUGUGCAUGGGAAUGUAACUAUACCAAAUGAUAUGGACUUCUUUAAAAGUCAAGACAGCUACACAGAGUCCACAGGUUCUAAUUACAGUGUUCCUUCAGGAAGACACCGACCGCUCACCUUCUUGUAAUGUGUGUCGUCCACAGUAAUGUUCUGAAUAUGUGAUUAAUAAGAGGCAGAACUGUCAAACUAUGCAGGACAGCAAUAUAUGGGGGAAAAAUUUUAAUACUAAAACCUCAAGACUCCUAAAAGUUGCAAGUGAAUUAGCACUAUAGCAUGACAAAUGUUCUCAUUCCUUAUUUUGUAUUGACUGAUAAACAGAUGCGAGAGAACAAGCUUGUUAACCCUGCAUUACAGCAAUACCCUGGAUUCCAAUGGCAGCAAAGCACAGCAUUUUUGACAUGCAUCUGCUAAGUAGAUGACUGAGAAUCUGUUUGGUUUUUGUUUUUUUAUGCUGGAUAGACCUGAACAUUUUUUAGCACUUUACAUUUUCAAGAUAAGUUCUAUCAAGAGUAGUCAUAAGUAAGCAGGGUUUUAAUGCUUGUUGUAUUUUAUUUCUUAUUGGAAGAAAGCCAUAAAAUACAACACACGAGGACUCUGCUCAUCACAUUAACGGCAUGUUUGAAACAAGCCUCCGUGGGAAUACUUUUUUUCAUUAUUAUUGCAUGAGGUCAGCGUUUUAUGGUAUGUUCAAAUGAAAAAUCGUUUGACCAGCAUUUCCAGACAGAGACGCUCUGGUUAUUUGUAAAGGUCCGUCAGAGAUUCUGUCUCUGUAAUAGACAGGAAAUCCAAACCUGCUGCAACACUGGAAUCUUAAAAUGAAAUAUGACUGCCUUAGCCUGUAAUGGAGAAAUAUGUUUUCAUUGUGUGUGCGUAUGUGUGUUUUUUUAAUAAAGUGUUAAAACAGCUUGA